GAUAAAUCAUGUGAACGAACUCCAACCUCAAUGUCAGGGGCCUUUUGGGACAUUCCGUAAUCUUACUUCAUUUGAGCCACAAAACAGUGUUUAGUUUCUCUCCAGAUCCACUCUUCUUCGCAGGUAGCACAGAAAAGUCCAAAUACAAAACUUUCGUUUCUUUGCCUAUUUCUUUUAGUUGAUGGCCGGCACGUGCUCCCCGCCGGCGCCUCACAUGAUCGGAUACUCCGUGGUCGAGCUCUCUGGAGCUGGUUCUCGAACCGGUGCCCCGUUCUCAGUCCGUAUCUCCUCCCGGUGCCGCGCCAUAGCCGCCGCGCAGGAUGGCCGUAGCCUUAUGGAAGGACCCUCCUGCAUCUUCGUCGGGCCCGUGGAGACUGCCAGUCAAGAGACGCUAGAAGCUCUCUAUCGCCAAGCUCGAGAGGCCUACUAUAGCGGGGACCCUUUGAUUGUUGAUGACAUGUUUGAUAGAGUGGAAUUAAAAUUGCGGUGGUAUGGAUCCAAAUAUGUCGUCAAGUAUCCCCGUUGCAGUCUCAGGCGGCAAUCAACCUAUGCUGAUGCUGAGGUAAUUUUUCUCAAUUAUGUGCUUCUUUCUGUGUUUACAUUCUGCUACCGGCGGCAUUUCAUUUAUUUGGCAUUGAAAUACGGAUAGAUUGUGCUAUGAUGUAGUGUUAUGGUGUUCAUGCACGUCGAUUCGUAUUUUUUUUAGGAUUUUUAUAGCUUUGUUGGACACAUUUUAGAAAACAUCAAUUAGCUUAAUACGGGGUGAUGAGGAUAAUUGAGUUAUUCUAUAAAUUUAUACAUGAGUGUCCAGAAGCACUAAACCACUUUCUUUAUUUCUCUAAAUGUUGCUUCGGUUGAAAUAAACAACAAUCCUAAUCCUCUUCCUAUGGAUACCUAGUGCUCUGACUUUUUAGCAAGAAAUGAAGACUGAGAAAAUCCUUUUUCAUCCUCUUGAAAUUUCGCUUCUGUUAUAGGAGAGUGAAGCCAAACCAUUAAAGUUCAAUGCUGUGGGUGUAUCUGAAAGGAACUAAAAUGAUUCAAAUCCGGACAUGAAAUGCUUAGUUGCUUCAAUCAGGGCAAAGGGGCAUUGACUUUUUCAUGAAUUCCUUCAAAUGAAGGCUCACAAUUUUUUAUUAUUAUUAUUAUUAUU